AUGGCUCUUUGUUGGAUAACAGGACUUGUGACAGGCCUAGCAGCUCUCCAUUUCCUACAGAAGAAGUUUUUCCCUUACUUUUGGGUCGAUCUGAGAUACCUGUUGAAAGUAGUCCACUACGGACUUCUGAUUGAGAAGUAUAAAAAGACUGGUCAUGUGGUGACGGUUGUAGAUCGUUUUGUUCAGCAAGCUCAGCGGAUACCUGAUAAGACUUUUAUAAUAUUCCAUGGAGAUGCCUACACUUAUCGAGAAGUGGACAGGAGGAGCAAUCAGGUGUCCCACUGUUUCCUGAAGCAUUCGUCAUUGAAAAAGGGGGAUACGGUGGCUAUGCUUAUGAACAAUGAACCUGAUUUUCUGAAUGUGUGGUUUGGGUUGGCUAAACUUGGCUGUCUGGUGGCAUUUCUUAACUACAACAUUCGAUCCAGGUCCUUGCUGCAUUGCUUCCAUAGCUGUGGAGCCAAGAUGCUUAUUGUGGGAGCAGACAUGCUUGAUUCAUUGGAAGAGAUUCUACCAAGCUUGCAAGAAGACAACAUUACAGUUUGGGUGAUGGCUAGGGAAACUAGUCUCCCAGGGGUAAAUACUGUCCUAGACAAGCUGGAUUCCGUAACAGAUGAGCCUGUACCUGCACACCUGCGCUUCGUAGGCAGCACCAAUGCAACAACGCUUUAUAUCUUCACAUCAGGGACUACAGGUCUCCCAAAAGCAGCUGUUAUCAGCCAGCUUCAAGCUUUGCGGGGUGCUGCUGGAAUAUGGGCAUUCGGGGGAACGCCAGAUGAUACUGUAUAUGUCACACUACCACUCUACCAUAGUGCAGCCUCCCUCAUUGGGAUCGGUGGGUGCGUCUACCUUGGUGCAACAUGUGUACUGAGGAAGAAGUUUUCUGCAAGCCAGUUUUGGAUUGACUGCAAAAAGUACAAUGUUACCGUGUUCCAGUACAUUGGUGAACUGUGCCGCUACUUAUGUAAACAGCCUGUGAGAGAAGGUGAAAAAGAUCACAAGGUCCGCAUGGCUGUCGGCAAUGGUGUUCGCAGUGAUGUAUGGAAAGAAUUCAUUGCAAGGUUUGGUAACAUCAAGAUGUGUGAGCUGUACGGAGCCACUGAAGGGAACAUUUGUUUCAUGAACCAUACUGGAAAAAUUGGAUCUGUUGGGCGCAGUAAUUUCUUUUAUAAGCUUGCAUUUCCCUUUGAACUAAUAAAAUAUGACAUUCAGAAAGAUGAACCAAUAAAAAAUAAAUAUGGCUGGUGUGACAGAGUCAAGAAAGGUGAAACUGGUCUGCUCAUAUCUAAAGUGAAUCACGCCAACCCUUUUUUUGGUUAUGCUGGAAAUAAAAAACACACAACAAAAAAGUUAAUGUGUGACGUGUUCAAAAGAGGAGAUGUUUAUUUUAAUACCGGUGACUUGAUGAUGCAGGAUCAUGAUAAUUUUCUGUACUUCCGAGACAGAAUUGGAGAUACUUUCAGGUGGAAAGGAGAAAAUGUUGCGACCACUGAGGUCUCUGAUAUUAUUGGGAUGCUGGACUUCAUACAGGAAGCUAAUGUCUAUGGAGUGAAUGUUCCAGGGCAUGAAGGCAAAGUUGGCAUGGCAUCCAUUAUUCUAAAGCCUGGUCAGUCUUUAGAUUUAAAAAGCAUCUGUGAGCACUGUACAGCUUAUCUACCUGCAUAUGCUUUUCCACGAUUUCUAAGACUGCAGGAAAACAUGGAAGUAACUGGUACAUUUAAACAACAGAAGUUUCGUCUUGUGGAACAAGGAUUUGACCCAUCAGAAAUAUCAGAUCUACUCUAUUUCUUGGACGAUUCUAAAAAGUCAUAUGUGCCAAUGACCAAAGACAUUCAUGACAAAAUCACCAAUGGUCUGCUAAAACUCUAA